GCUUCCCGCCUAAAUUUAGUAGUGGGUUACUUCAUUUAUUGGCUGGUAAGCACAAAACGGAUGUUUCAACUAACAAACGAUUCUCCUGUAAAUUGUUUUUAAGUCAAAAACCUAAGCACUCGGACCAAAUUACAAUAAUAGAGGCACAUCUGGAAUUGAUGGAAAUGAAUAUGAAAUUCGUUUGAUAUUUGCGGCCGGAAUUUUAAGUUGAAAAAUUCCGUUCGCUUUGACGGUGUGUUUAAUUUUUUUUUUCGAGGAGUUGCUGAAAGCGCCAAUAAAUUUAUUUGAAAAGUAAUUCGGAUGAUCGGCGGAAAGAAUCGAUUUGAGGUGAUAACAAGUAAAACAUGAGCGGACUUGUGAACCGGCAUACAAACUCUAGCCUUCAACUGAAGGCAUCGAGUAUUUUUGCUGAAGUGAAUGGAUUUGCGGCGAGAGUUUUAGCAACACUAACGUAUUACAACGAUUGCGAAUACGACGUGGAAGGGCUUUUUAUUUUCCCGCAAGAUGAAAGGGCUACGGUUGUUGAAUUCGAAGCGACCAUAGAGGAGAGACAUGUUUCAACACAAAUUUCGGAGACAAUCACACGCAACUCCGAAAAACACGCCUUCGCUUUAGAAGAACGAGAUGAUGAUCUGUUUUCGCUGAGUUUGGGGAGAAUUCCUCCACUUAGCUCCGUGUUUGUUCAAGUGACUCUGAUUACAGAGCUGGGAACAGAUGAAGCAACCGGCGGAUCAUUGUUUAUUUUGCCGUCUGUAUUCACCCCUCGCUUGGCGAACGACGAAAAUGAAGAAACGGAUCUGUACGGCUCGCAAAUGCUUAUUACCAACAUUCCUCGCAAGACGCAAGAACCGUACAGCUUUGAGCUUCAGUUAGAAGUAGCCGCGCCGUGUUUAUUAGCUGGCUGCUCCUCGCGAACGCACGCAAUUCAGGUUGACGCCGAUUGCCGGGCAACGAACGCUUCUCGAAUUCACAUCACGAUCGCCGAAGCGCACACUUACGAUCGAGAACUCGAAGUUGUUCUUCAUCUUUCACAUCCGUUUGACCCCUAUGUUCUGAUCGAGGAAGGAAAGAAAAGUUUUAACUCAACGCACACUCAAAUGAAAAUGGACAACUGUGCCAACCAGUCAGAAACACUGGAAGAUUUUCACAAAAAUGCCGCUAUAAUGAUCAACUACACACCAAGACUGCCCUCUGUAAGCGGCAUUGGCGAGUACAUAUUUCUAGUGGAUCGAAGUGGAAGUAUGAGCGGAGAUCAUAUAUUCCACGUCAAAGAAACAUUGAUUUUGUUUCUCAAGAGUUUGCCAACUAACUGUUACUUCAAUGUCAUUGGGUUCGGCUCGUACUAUAGAAGUCUUUUUCAAGACAGCCAGCAAUACAACGAGGCAACCCUAGGAACAGCCUGCGCUUACGUGCACAAAAUGAGGGCCGAUUUGGGUGGCUCGAAUCUCCUUCUUCCUUUGGAGUUCAUCUUUGAAAAGCCGACAAAGCUCGGUGUUGGGAGAACUGUAUUCAUGCUUACUGAUGGAGGUAUAUCCAAUACGGUAGAGGUGGUGGAUUUUGUACGUCGAAAUUCCUAUACAACCCGGUUCUACACGUUUGGGAUUGGACCGGAAGCUUGCCCCCAUUUGGUUCAGGGCGUUGCCGGUGCUGGAAGAGGGCAAGCAUACUUUAUAGCGGAUGAUGAGCGGAUGCCAGUCAAAGUUAUGCAAGCACUGGCAGAUGCACUUCAGCCCGCGAUUACGGACCUAGAGGUCAGCUGGCACCUUCCUGAUGGUUAUGACGUCAUUCAAACCCCUCAACUUCUGCCAUUCGUACAGAAUAAUAAACGCCUUGUGAUAUACGGCAUCUUGUAUCGGCCCCCAGGGGACGAAAAAGAAUCUCCUAGAACACCCAUCAAGCGGAAAAUGGACUGGAGUAUGAGGUCGUUUUCAAACAGCUCUGUCAAAGUUUUUUGGUUUGAAGACGAAUGUGAUCUCCUUGCGGAGGACCAGCUGCUGUUGGAGGCGGAGGAAUCGCUUCACUUGAGCGGAGAUGACUUUGAAAAGGACGAAAUUUACAGAGUUGAAGGGGAGCUUCCGAUGCAGGACGGCUUCAAUGCUGAGAUGGAACCAGAUACAAUAGAAGCCCUCGCUGAUGGUCUUCUUAAGCGCAUGUACAAGGAAUUUAGCCAAGAAAAAGAUGAUGAAGCUGAUGAUGGGAAAGGACAAUCCUCAGACGCACUCCAAAGCAACGAACAGUGCGGAUCUUGUGACGCCAAAGAAUGGGAUCCCACGACAGGCCAGCCGUCGAACAACCCGGAACAACGCGAACGGAAUAAUAAUGCUUUGCACUCAAUCAAUCACAGACCAGCAAACAUGUUAUUACAAGACAUCGUGUCGGACGGGGUUCUCAAUGAUGUUCAGGGGCGAGAAGAUAUUCCUGAGAAACAAGAGCCCGCUGAUAAUUCCCAUGAGCAACAGCGAUCGCCAAAGCUUGCGCGCGCUUACGAGCGUGACAGCGGUGUUGGUUUCAGUAUGGAAGACAGUGACAAAAGUCCGGAUGAAAGCAAGAACACCAUUGCAGAGCUAGACGGAGAAUUGGAGGAAAGAGACGAAGAAGCAAACGCGUGGUUUCGGAAUAGUAGCAGUCCUGCCAUGGAGGAAUUCGACUGCUCAAGAAAAGCAGCCGUCCACAUUUACAAAAACAGCGAAUUCCUGUCGCAGCUUGGCGUGCCAGCCGACUUUGGUGCAGUAAACAUUAAGGGAUUUGUCGGCGACGAAGAAAUGGAACAAGUCAUUCCAUUUCCAGUGAACCGAUGCGGUGGCUCUUCAAAGCGUCCCACAAUCCACCAGCUUUUGGCGCGUUCGCUCAUUCGGGAACUGCAGUCUUCUGUAGAGUCGAGGAGUGCGGAGACCAUUGACGUCGUGAAGAGGAUUAGCGAGCUGUCCAGCGUUCAUUCCAGGCACACAGCGCUAGUCGCACGUGACCAAUAUUGCUAUGACGAUCAAGUCUUAAGCGCUUUGCAGUUCCCUCAGAAAGAAAAUAUACCAGGCUUUGGGAGUCGCAAAGUUAAAGUACUUGAGCGAAGCUCUGGAUUCACGGAGGGCCUGGGACGACGUCUACCCAGUCCAGAUGGCAGCGACCACGAUAUCUCGCCAUAUUUUGCCGAAGGAAGAACUAACUCUGUUUACGAGUCAGGGGAAGAGCCUUUGGAUUUUUAUCGCUUGGAGCGAACGGGUACUCCAGAAAGUCAGCCCGAAGAAUGUGGACCACGAAAAGAAUGUGACAGUUCCCUUUCAUCUCCUAGCAGAAGUCCUCGCAAGCAAAUCCCUCCUUUGUCCACGAGAUGCGUGUUGGGUGAAAGGCAGCAAAAUCCUUCAAACAUCAAACCCAAACUCCUUAAGUCCUCUAGCCUAGACACCUAUUGGUGUUCUGGGGUCAAACAGCAUCUGUCUUUUGUGCGCAUGGUCAGUUUACAGUCUGCUCAGGGAAACUGGAACCUAGAUUAUGCCUUUGCGCAGGUCCUGGGGCUGCCACUCGCCGGCCUCCAACAAGCCUCUCCGCUGGCCGACAACUCUGUUUUUGUCGCCGAAGAUCUUCAAGAGCUGAUGAAUUCCGAUAAGUGCGGCAACAGUUCACAGCUGUGGGCUACUUCACUUGCACUGAGCUGGUUGCAUCGUAAGAGACCCCAGUUCGAGGCCGAGUGGAGUCUGGCAGCGAAAAAGGCUGAGCAGUGGAUGAAGGGGACGCCUUGUCCUCGCGGGUUCUUGAGGGAUGAUUUGAAAGCCCUCGCCUAUCAAGCGCUUCUCUUACUCGAGACAGAGUCGCGGAAAACAUCAGUGUGUGACGCACCCCAAGGAAAAAUAGGUGCCUGUGAAUGAACUCUAUUCUGAACCAGGUCACUAAGGGAUCGGUCAUUAUUUAUUCUGGGGGGGGAGGGGGGUUGGAAGAUUUUGGUUGCGUCCCGAGAAAAUUGACCUGAUCCCCUCAUAAGGCUUUGCAAUAUUCUCACUGGUCCCCCCCCUUCCUGAUUGGCAGUUAGUUGGUAGGCCAUUUACCGUGGUCCUCCCAAUAUUCUCAGUGCCGACGACCAAUUCCUUCUCCGUUCCGUCUGAUGACCAUGUGAUCCCGACCGAAAUCCUCCCCCCCUGCCCCCGGCGAAAGAUCAUGACUGGUCCUUUGGACGAAAUGGAUCUUAAAAGAGAAGUGUGCUCCAUAAAACAUCUCAUUUUUAUCUUCGUCGUUGAAAAGAAGUAUUGAUAAAUUAUUAAACUAACCAAUUUUGACUUUUUAAAGAACUUAACCCUCCGCACUUGUCCUAAUGUGCUAUUUAUAUCAAAAUAAGCUUUGAAAUUGACUCAGUAACCUAGCCGCUGAUCUGUGACGUAACUCGUCUGUCUUUUCCUUGUUUUCACCCUUCUGGUCAACCCCAAAAAGGAGUUGUUGCCUCAAUUUGCUUCUAGUGGCGGAGAUAAAAAUUUUAAUGUUUCAGAGUACACUUCUUAAGCGCUUUCAGAUGCCAAUACUUUUGGCUUUGUCGAGGAAACGUUUACGGUGACAAAUGAGGAAAUUUUCAAUUCAAUGAAUUGUUAAUUCAGUACUGAUAGGAAGACAAGAGACUGCUGGCGGUCUUGCAAAUUCUGCUUUUUCUGGCUCUUACACAGUAUACGUCACAUUAUUGUUUUCAUUGUUUUCUUAUUUCCAGUUGUAAUGAAGUUCUAUUGUGACGUAUACUGUGUCUUGUACAGCAAGUAAGAGCCCUUUUCCUUUUAGUGCACUGUAGCCUAAGGCAAUUAUUGUACAUACUGUUGUAAGUAAGACAAACAGGGUGAUGAUUACGCUGGGGGAUUCGUAACAUAAAUUUGAGUCUUAUUAGGUAUUAAUUUUCAAUUGAGCGCCGAAAGUAAUCCGGGACUGUGAUUGGACUAAAAAACUUGCGCCA